AUGGCGGAACGCAACAUGUCCUUCUCGCCAUUUUGGUAUUCCUUCUUCAUCACGGUCCUGUUAGUCCUUCUCCAGAUUCCAUCGGCUUCUUCGGGGCCACUCUACUUUCGCGAUCCUUCACCAAGAGCUGCCUUUGUCGCGCUUGUGUCCGAGACCCAGCUGGGCCAGAUGGUUGCCUCGGUCGCACAGCUCGAGAAGCGAUUCAACAGCAAGUACCGUUACGACUGGGUGCUCUUCAGCUUUGAGGAGCUUAGCGAAGACUUCAAGGAUGCUGCUUCCAAUGCCACUGCCGGAACUGUCACCUACGACUUGAUCCCUCAGCAACACUGGUCUAACCCCCGGUCGGUUAACAAUGGCUGCUUUGAGGCUGGUACUGGGGUGAACGCCGACACAGCCCAGAUCCGAGCUUCGCAGCACAAGCUUCGCUGGUCCGCUGGUCUCUUUGCACAAGAGAAGCGUCUCCAGACUUAUGACUGGUUCUGGAUGGUUGAGCCUGGUACACAGUUCAUGUGCGAUAUCAACGUCGAUGUGUUCCGCGUAAUGAGAGAUCAUGGCAUUGCGUACGGCACCAACGAGAUAUCUUCCCAGAAUGAUGAGAAUGCGAGGCUGCUAUGGCAGAGCACCAAGUCGUUCGUAGACAAGCACCCCGAACUAGUUCGAGCUGACGCCGACAUCACGUGGAUUGUGAGCGACAGCGGCAACUUGAGCAAGCCCAACUUUUCUUCUCAUCAUUACGUUGAUGAAGGGGACGAGGUACAAGUCGAUCAAGACUCUCAAUCGGAAGUCAAAGCCUGUAGAGUCAGCGGACCAGAUAUUGAGGCCGGCGUACGUCCCGGUGUUUCCUAUGAGGCUGAUCCUGAGCAGUGCGACCCCGACCUGGUGGCCAAUGCCUAUGAUACCCAGCUUUCUUCUACCUACUGCCAGUACAACGCAGAAGCAGACACCGUCAUUGAGAUUGGCAACCUCAACCACUUCCGUAGUCUUCAGCAUACUUCCUACUUCGAAUACCUCGACAACGCCGGCGACUUCCACUACGGCAACACCGGUGACGUUGGUGUCCACUCUCUGAGUGCCAGCAUGUUCCUACCCCGCGACAAAGUCUGGCUUCUUGACGACAUGAUCUGCGAAAUGUGCGGCUCUCACAGCUGCCUUCCCUUGCCGCGUUCGACCUCUCAAAUGAAUGCUGUCGGAGACUCAACCUACCUGGCUGACAUUUUCGGCAGUUCCUGGUUCCAGCCGUGCGAGGGUAGCCAUCUUUCCAUCCUUCACCGCAUCUGGGCGAACAUAGCCUCUGGAGUCGUUCGACAGAAUGGCUUCCCCGCAGCACAAACCGGCCACACCGCCCUCGACGAGCGCAACUUCAAGAUAUACAAGCCAGAACGGUACCCCGUGGAUGUCAAGCAGGGAUGGUACUCGCUAGAGGAUACCUGGGGCUCGUGGGCUAUCGAUCGAGGCAAGUGGUUCCUAGCUGUCUUGGGAUGGUAA